AUGUCUGCGGAAUCUGAUAUGGAAUACUCAGACAAUGAUGGAGACGACUAUGACUAUUACGGAGGACAAGAUGAUUGCGAUAUGGAAGCUGUGGACCGUAGCAAAUCAGAUCCAGAAUAUUUUCAAUUCACUUGUCUUAGAGUGGAAGAAGUGGAAAAAUUACUGAAUGAAUCGAUUGAACUACUUAGUAAUAGUCUCCAAAUAACACCUUCACUAGCGAAGGUAAUGUUGCAUGCUUAUGAAUGGAAUGCUCAAGAGAUUAUAAAAAAGUAUAACGAAAAUCCGAAUGAAGUUCUUGUAUACAGUUGUGUGAAACCUCGUCUACCAGUUGUUCAGAGUAGCACAAGUCGAUCUAUCUGUGCUGUUUGUGCAACUACACCCCCCAUCAAUAAUUACAGUGCACUUGCUUGUGGGCACUUUUUUUGCAAUGAAUGUUGGGCAAUGCAUUUUGAAGUGCAAAUUAUGCAAGGAGUUUCAAACACUAUACAAUGUAUGGCUCAAGAUUGUGAAGUAAGAGCACCAGAGGAUUUUGUUUUAUCUCAUGUAACAAAACCAGCUUUAAGAGAACGCUAUCAACAAUUCAUGUUCAAAGAUCAUGUUAAAUCCCAUCCCCAGCUCCGAUUUUGUCCAGGACCUAACUGUCAGUGGAUAUAUCGUGCCUGGGUCCGGGAAGGUGCUCGUCGUGUUGAAUGUCAAGGCUGUGAAAUGCUAACUUGUUUCUCAUGUGGGGCUCCACAUCAUGCUCCCUACUGA